AUGUUCAUCGUUAUCGUUGGUUGGACGGAAGGACCUCCACCACCGCCUCCUCCACCACCAAAACCCGUCGACUACGGCCCCGAGCAGGGCUUCCUUAUGCUGACUGAGUCUAAUGUGGGCUGUCUGGAGCUAGAGGACAAGGAGUACGUCUACUCCCUCUGUCCCUUCAAGGACGCUCACCAACGUUCCCGCAGUGGCGGCUCCUCCUCCCUGCUGGGCAAUUGGAAGGGCUGGGUCGACCAUCCCGAGGGCUCCGAGACCUGGGACCGAGAGGCCAAAAUGAAAUUGCCCUACAAGGAGAUGCUGUAUGAGAAUGGACACUCCUGUUGGAAUGGCCCCAACCGGUCGGUCAAGGUGAGCUGCUUUAGCCUAUCCACCCCCCAGUCAAAAGGCCUUCAUCCUGUCGCCGUCUGGUGCUUUUCAUUUUUUUUCUCACUGUUUCAUCAUUAUUGUCGUCGUAAUACCUGUUGA